AUUUCCCUGUCAAUCCCGAAGGGCACUGGUCUUCUCACUAUUUGAUUCUCUGAUUCCCUUUUCUGGGAUCAGAGGAUCAACCCUUUUUCUGAACGAGAAAAGAGGGCUCGUCGUCGUCCAUCCCUUUCCCACAUGCAAUAAUAAUACAGAAUUACAGAAGCACAUGCAAACCUUGUUGGUUCUUCUUCUGGGUAGAAACUUCAGAAGAAAUCAGAAAGGAAUGCAAAUUCUCAUGGAAGCAUAGUUGUAACCAAGGGAAGGAAAAAAAAGGUUGCUUCUUUUUGUCAUUCUUUCAAAUGGGUAUUCCACAAGGUGGCGAUAAGAUGGAGGGAUGGUUAUAUACUAUUCGUUCCAAUCGGUUUGGGCUUCAAUUCUCGCGCAAACGCUAUUUUACCCUCCAAGAUAAUGUUCUCAAGAGCUAUAAGACGAUACCCAUUUCAGAGAAGGAGGAACCUGAUAGGAGAGCAAUAAUAGAUUCUUACAUUCGAGUAACAGAUAAUGGAAGGGAGAGCAUUCACAAAAAAGUAUUCUUCAUCUUCACACUUUAUAAUACUUCAAAUCACAAUGAUCAGCUUAAGUUAGGAGCAAGUAGUUCAGAGGAAGCAGCAAGAUGGAUUCAUUCCUUGCAGGAUGCUGCAUUAAAGGAAUCUUCAGGUCAAGCGAGCAACUUUGUUGCUUCUCCCAAAAGGAUGUGGCCAUCUCUGAGAUUGAGUGCCACAAAGAGGACCCGCAGAAACUCUAUGGAAUGGAUUUUUGGCCCAUCAUUGCAUACUGAGGCAAUGACCUCCGAUGUUAUUGCUCCAUCACCUUGGAAAAUAUUUGGUUGCCAGAAUGGAUUGCGGCUUUUCAAAGAAGCAAAAGAUUGGGAUUCUCGUGGACGGCAUUGGGAUGAUCAUCCGGCAAUAAUGGCUGUUGGCAUGGUAGAUGGAACUUCUGAGGCCAUUUUCCGUACAGUCAUGGCUGUUGGGCCCUCAAGAUCAGAAUGGGACUUCUGUUUCUACCGUGGUAGUGUGGUUGAGCACCUUGAUGGUCAUACAGAUAUCGUCCAUCAGCUUUUAUACAGUGAUUGGCUACCUUGGGGAAUGGGGAGAAGGGAUUUACUGCUUCGACGCUAUUGGAGAAGAGAGGAUGAUGGCACAUAUGUAAUUCUUUACCAUUCUGUGAUACACAAGAAGUGUCCCCCUCAAAGUGGCUACGUCCGUGCUUGCCUUAAAAGUGGUGGUUAUGUUAUCACUCCUGUGAAUGAUGGAAGUAAGUCACUAGUGAAACACAUGCUUGCUAUUGAUUGGAAGUACUGGAAAUUGUACCUCUGUCCAUCAGCUUCUAGAUCCAUCACCAUUCGUAUGCUUGAAAAAGUCGCAGCAUUACGGGAGUUAUUCAAGGCCAAACAAGGAAAUUCUUCCCCUGACUCCUAUGGAGAAUUUACAAUGGAAACGGAGUUGGACCACAUGAAGAAAGAGGAUAUCCAAACUAAAGCUCAAGAACCAGAAGAGAUUAGCAGGACUGACAGGGAUACUUUGAUUGCGGAUGAGGUGGAGAAGCCAGCCUCUGGGCGCGCAAGUCUAAUGGACCUUAAUGAUACAUCAGACGAGUUCUUUGAUGUUCCAGAAGUAUCAGACUCAACAGAUUAUGAUUGCUUGGAGAAUGAGUGGUCUUUUGAAUCAAGUCCAGGAUUGCCCACUCUGAAUGGACAACAGCCCAAGUUACCAUCAGCAGCUGGUCUUGUGAAAAAAUUGCAGGAUCUUGCAACCCAAAAGAAGGGUUAUAUGGAGUUACAGGAGGGGACAACGGAAGAAAACAGUAUCACAACUUACUCCUGUGGAACCACACUUCAAAAAGACCCAGCUUGCAAUGUGCCUUGUAGUUGGGCUGUGGGUGAUUCUUCAGCAUUUUUGAUACGUGGUGAAAAUUAUUUAAAAGACCAUCAAAAGGUAAAGGCAAAAGGCACCUUGAUGCAAAUGGUUGGUGCUGAUUGGCUAAAAUCUGACAAACGACAAAAUGAUCUUGGUAGCCGCCCUGAUAGUAUUGUUCAGAAUUAUGCAGCACGGGGUGGACCAGAAUUUUUCUUUGUUGUUAAUAUCCAGGUUCCUGGUACAACCAUGUAUACCCUAGCGUUAUACUACAUGCUAAAAACUCCUUUGGAAGAGCAUCCCUUGCUACAUAGUUUUGUAAAUGGAGAUAACGCAUAUAGGAACUCAAGAUUUAAGCUCAUACCAUACAUUUCUAAGGGAUCAUGGAUAGUCAAACAGAGUGUUGGAAAGACAGCAUGCUUGAUCGGUCAAGCUCUCGAAUGUCAUUAUUAUCGUGGGACAAAUUAUUUGGAGAUUGAAAUUGAUGUUGGGUCUUCAACAGUGGCAAGGGGGGUAGUUAACCUUGUUCUUGGAUACCUUAACAAUUUGGUCAUAGAAAUGGCAUUUUUGAUACAGGGUAACACACAGGAGGAGCUCCCGGAAUCCCUUCUUGGGACAUGCCGGCUCAAUUAUCUGGAUGUAGCAAAAUCGGUCCUGGCAAUGCCAUGAAGUAGAAGAAAUUCUUGUUUCCUUACAUGGGAGGAAGAUGAGAAGGGAUAAUACAUCAUACGCCGAGAAUCAACUCGGUUGUAUCGAUUUUCCCCAAUUUUUCUCUCUUCCCUUCCAGCCACAUUGAAAUUUGUCAGGAAUGUAAAAAUGACUCAUUGGUUUUUGAUAAUUUGUGUGUGGCAAUUCAAUUUGCAAAGGCUCUUUCCUUAAUCAAACAGGGUCUUUUUUCUUCAAAAUUCUGUAAAUGAACAAUAAAGACUAACAGAAGCUCAUCUUUAUGACAUAGUUAAGUUGUAACAGCAAAGGAUUUAUCGAUCUUAAAUGCCUGUCUUCUACGAUGGUUGUAAUGCAGUGAUUCUGUCAGUUUCAUGGGAGAAUUAAACAUGAAACAUUGGC